UUCACACCGGCCCUGCAGCCGCCGCUGACGACACACCUGCCGGCCUGGGAGGAGCCGCGGCGGCGGAGCUGCUUAUCUGGCCGAGCCGCCCGUCACAGGGAGAGAGGGAGGGAGAGGAGAGCUGGAAGAAACACCUGCACCCACAUUAGUACCCGAACAGGUCCAAACAGUCCCAAGAUGUCAAAGAGGAGGGAAUACAGCCCGGCCAAGAUCAGCAGGAGUCAAGCCGGCGACAUGGCUCAGCUGAUCCUCCGCAUGCAGAAGAAUGCUGAUCAGGUGGAGAAGAACAUCCUGAAGGCCGAGCAGCUGCUGAAUCUGGACAAAGAGCGAGAGAAGAGGGGAGAGCAGUCCGUCCACCAGCAGGAGAACGCAGACAACCUGGCCCAGGCCGAGGGGCUGCUGAAGGACCUCUUCAUAGACGUGGCCAAAUCCAAGAAGCUCCAGCACCCGCAGGCCAAGGAGAUCGAGAAAGACGUGAGCAACCUCCACGACCGCUGGGCCCAGGAGUGCGCCAGCUACAGGGACGUGUACGACCAGGUCCAGGACUUGGAGCUGACCCAGAAGAUCGACUGGGGCCCUCUGCUGGAUGAAAAGCUGAGCAAGAUAACCGGGCCGUACGGGCCCAACCUGUCCGACGUGGAGAAGCAGAUCGCAGCUCAUAACAUCCACCACCAGGAGGUGGAGGCGUACAGCGACCAGCUGCAGCCCAGCACCGUCAGCUCCAAGGAGCAGUACGCCGCCCUCAGGGAGAAAUAUGCCCAACUUCUCGACGACUCCCGGCGCCGGCGCCUCCACCUGGCCUCCCUGUACGAGUACAUGCAGAGCUGCAGCAAGGAGCUGGUGUACCUGUCCGGCCAGCAGGAGAGGGUUCUCCAGAGGGACUGGAGCGACCGCAUGGUGGACCCCCCGGGGGUCCGCAUGGAGUAUGAGAGAUUCAAAAGCGGCGGGCUGCAGCAGCACGAGCGGGAGAUCAACCAGCUGCUGGAGGAAGCCGAUCGCCUGGUGGAAGCCAAGCACCCCGGCAGCCCCACCAUCAAGGCACACAGGGAUACCGUGGAGGCCGAGUGGCAGGUGUUCCUCAACCUGUGUCUGGCCAAGGAGUCUCACCUGGACAACAUCGACGACUACAGGAAGUUCCAGCUGGACGCAGAGACGCUGUCCGACUCCCUGAAGAGGCUCGGAUCCACUUUGGACCCCAAGUCGCUGAGCAACAAGAGCAACCCCGAGAUCGUGCUGGCGAUCGAGGGAGACGAGCCGGCGCUGCGCAGGAACGAGCAGCGUCUGUCGGCCCUCAGGGAGAGCAGCGGCGAGGUGGCUCCUCUGAAGCUCCGCAGGACCAAACCCCCCCCACGCACGCCCGCCGUGGCCCUGUGUGACUGGGCGGAUGAAGAGGACUCGGUGCGACGCGGCGAGAAGUUCACCCUCAAGUCGACCUCUGACCCGCGGAACUGGGAGCUGCAGGACCCCGGGGGCCGGACCAGGACCCUCCCCGGGGCCUGUUUCAUGGUCCCGCCGCCCGACGCUGAGGCGCUGGACACGGUUAGCAGCCUGGACAGGAAGCUGGCGGACCUGAAGAGCCGCAGAGCUAAGGUGCUGGCGUCUGUGAAGACCCCCGUGGUGGAGGUGGCGCUCCCCCAGAAGGCCGCCGUCCUCCAGAGUUCUCCAGAAGAUGUCAAAGCUGCGGAGCUAGUCAAAGAGCUCAACAGGAUCAACGAGGGUCUGGAUGAGAGCGAGACGGGGGUCCUGAACCGGCUGAGGAGCCCGCUGGACCAGCGCAAGCCCACGCAGGACCUGGCCAGCAGGCAGCAGGAGAACGAGAGAUCUGCUCGCACCGUCAGGAAGCUGGAGUCGCAGAAGUCGGACGUCCAGAGGGAGAUGGACCCCAUCCUGGCCAGGAAACCCCUGAGACCCGCCGCCUCCGGCCUGCCCCCCAAACUCAGCGAGACCGACGGCAAAAUCAACAACCUCAACGCGCUCAUGGAUCUUUAUAACAAGAAAGCAACGACCUCCAUGUUCCUGGAGAAACAGAUCCAGAAGGUGGAGGGGAUUGUUUCUGGGUUUGAGGAGCAGCUGGCUGAGGAUGGAGCCGUGCUGGAUGAACCCGGCGCUCUCCAAAGUCGCCAGCAAAACCUGCAGGCGAUGCAAAAGGACGCUGCUUCAAAGAAGGAAGAGCUGAAUAAACUGGGCAAAGACCUGGACCUGACGAAGCAAGUGUGCAGCUCCCUGAAGCAGAACUUCAACGAGUACUGCCCCGACAUCCGCCGGCAGGAGACGGAGGUGAAGCACCUGAAGAACCGCUACGCAAACGUCAAUAACCAGCUCCAGGAGAGGUCGGCCCUGGUGAAGCAAGCAACCAACAAGACCCAGGACUUCCAGAACGCAACUCAGUCGCUGGACUUUUUCCUGCUGAAUGUGCCGAACAACACGGUGAAGCCUACGGAUGACCCGGCGCAGAUAACGGCCAAGCAGCGCUCCCAGAGGAAAGUGGUGGAGGACAUCAAGAAGAAGUCUGAUGAUUUAGACCGAAUUAAGGAUAUGUCCCGAGAUCUGCAGAGUGUUUUAAACGGAUAUGAGAGGGAGUCAAUCACCUACCGCAGCACUCUGGAUGGUCAUGAGGACGAUGACAGCGAUGAGGAAACAGCCCCAAAGAAGAGUCAAGCUUCCCCUCUGGCUCAGAGCGUACAGAGGACGGAGAAAGACAUGCUGAACCUCUUCUCGGAGGUUUCUGCAGAGAACAACCAGCGACUCAACCAGCUGGGGACGGCAAAGAACAUGAUGGCGAGGAAUGAAGAGCAGGUCAGUCAGGUGGUCGUCCGGCAGCAGCGGCAGCUGCAGAGCCAGAAGAUGGACCAGGUGGAAACCGACGGUCUGAAAAAGGAGUUAAACGAGGAGGCCAGCAGACGCUUUCAUGCAGAGAAAGACCUGGAAACCUACCGCAAGAGAUUUGUGUCCCUGAAGAGCAGGAGAGGGGUGGAGCGGCUGGAGGAGAAGGAGGUGGUGCAGUAUUACCGAGACCCCAAACUGGAGGUGGAGCUCCAGUCUCUGAAAAACCGCAUCCAGGACGAAGGCUCGAAGAGGUCGAGAACCCAGUCCGAGAUACACGUGAUGAACGAGAAGAUCGUCAAGACGGAACUGCAGCGGACCAAGAUCGAGCCAAAGCUGGUGACUAAAGUUCUCACAGAGUACGAGAGAGACCCCAAACUGGACAAGGAGGCGGCGAGGAUCAGGGACGAGAUGCGGCGGAUUCGUCAGGAGCUCCAGACCAGAGAUACGGAGAAGGUUCACGUGAAGACCGAGCUCACGGUCCUGGCUCAGCAGAGACCCAAAAUCAGGGAGAUGGUGGUGAAGAAGGAGGUGGUGAGGCUGGAGAAAGAUCCGGAGAUGCUGAAAGCGGUCCUCACCUUCCAGAACGACAUCGCCGAGGAGGAGCUGCGCGGCGAGUCUCUCAACGACAGCAUCUUCAGCACGAGGAGCCAGAUCAACGCCCUGGAGAGAAUCAUCCCCACCAUCCACCCCAAGGUCGUCACCAAGGUGCUCAAGCAGGUGCAGCAAGACCCCGACUCGCUGGAGGAGUCCAGGAAGCUGAAGAUGUCUCUGGAAGAGGAGAAGGACGAGAACAUCAUCCUCAAGAAGGACCUGACCAAACUCCAGCUGCGCUACGGGGAAGUGGAGAGGCUCCGGCCCAAGGUGGAGGUCAAGGAGAUCAUCAACGAGAUUUACCGAGUGGACCCGGAGACGGAAGUGGAGCUGGUCCGUCUGAAGAGAGAGCUGCAGGACUCCAGCCGGAACCGCACCGACCUCGAGAAGGAGAUCUACGCGGUGACGUCGUCGCUGACGACCGUGCGAGGUCAGAAGCCGAAGGUGGAGUACAAGGAGGUGACGCAGGAGGUGAUCAAAGAGGAGAAGAGUCCAGAGGUGGUCAGGGAGCUGCAGCGGCUGAGGAGCCAAGUCAGCCGUCUGCAGGUGAACUACGACACCACGGUGGACCUGCUCAGCCGUCUGCGCCGGGAAAGGGACUUGCUCAAGGCGGAGAAGUCCAGGGUGGAGACCAAGCUCGUGACCAAGGAGGUCAUCAAGUACGAGAACGACCCUCUCCUGCUGAAGGAAGCCGAGCGGCUCCGGAGGGACGUCAGAGAGGAGAUCCAGCAGCGCCGCAGCCUGGAGGAGUGCGUCUUCGACCUGCAGAACCAGUACAUCACCCUGGAGAGGCAGAAGCCCGAGGAGAAGAUCGUGAUGAGGGAGGUGGUUCGUCUCCAAAAGGACCCCAAGCAGAUCCUGGAGCACGAGAAGCUGAACCGGAGCCUGGACGAUGAGGUGAAGCUGCGCAGGAAGCUGGAGCUGGAGGUCCGGCAGCUCAGGGGCCUGGUGCAGGAGAAGGAGGCCAACCUGGCUCAGAUGGACGACCGGCAGAAGAAGAUCCAGGUGGAGGCGGAGCUCCGGCGGAUCAGAGCUCGCAUACUCGAGCUGGAGAACGCUCCGGCGCCCGUCCAGGAGAAGAUCAUCAUCGAGGAGGUCCUGAAGGUGGAACGGGACCCCAAGCUGGAGAGACUCACCGACGGCGUCCGCACCAACCUGGAGACGGAGAGCAACGACAUCAGCCGCCUGGAGAGAGAAGUGCGAAACCUCCGGAUCAAGCUGGAAAUCCUGCAGAGGGAGAAGUCGAUUGAGAAGGUCGUGUACCGGGAGGUGGUUCGGGUGGAGAAGGACCCGGCAGUGGAGGCCGAGCGGGACCGUCUCAGAGAUCUGGUGACGCAGGAGAGGAACGUCAGGCGAGACAUGGAGGACAGCAUUCAGAACACCAGCAUCCGGCUGAACCACCUGCAAACCUCAAAGACCAUGACGUCCCAGGAGGAGACCAGUCUCAUGUUCAGCAGAGACUCCCUGCAGAGGGACAAGGACGACCUGCUCCAGCAGCUCCGGGCGCUGGAGUCCCAGAGGCAAGACAUCAGCGUGACCUUCCAGCACCAGUCCAAGCUGAUGAGCGAGAGGAACCAGCUGGCCCGGACCCGGAGCCUGAAAGCCUCGACGGAGAUGGAGCGGCUGGAGAAGGACAUCCUGAACGAGAAGGACCGGAUCCACCAGAGAGAGACGCUCAUCUCCGAGCUGCAGGACAGCAUCAGGAAGGAGGACCACUCGGAAACCCACACCCGGGAGACCAACGUGUCCACCAAGAUCACCAUCCUGGACCCGGACACCGGCAGAGACAUGUCUCCGUACGACGCGUACCUGCAGGGGCUGAUCGACCGCAACCACUACCUGCACCUGUCGGAGCUGGAGUGCGACUGGGAGGAGAUCACGUCCACCGGCCCGGACGGGGACAGCACCAUCCUGCAGGACCGGAAGAGCGGGAAGCAGUACUCGGUGAAGGACGCGCUGAAGGAGCGUCGGCUGACGCCGCACGACCUGACCCGCUACCGCGAGGGGAAGAUGCCCAUCUCCGAGUUCGCCCUGAUGGUCGCGGGCGACGUCAGUAAGCCGUACCUCCCCCCACUGUCCCCGACCAAGGCCGUGCCGUCCUCGCCCCUGAACGCCACGCCCUCGUCCCUGAGGUCGUCCUACGGCAACCUCAGGUCCCACCACAACGGCAGCCUGGGCAGCCUGAGCAACCUCAGCGUGCCGCCGGCCGAGGAGCACUUCCCCAUCUCCGGCGUGUUCGACACCACCACCGACAGCCGCAUGUCCGUGAGGAGCGCGCUGACGCGGAAGCUCAUCGACGCCGACACGGCGCUGAGGCUGCUGGAGGCGCAGGCGGCCUCCGGCGGGAUCGUGGACAUCGGAAACAAGGACAAGGUGUCGGUGCACAAGGCGGCGGAGCAGGGCCUGAUCGACUCCAGCUACAAGAGGAAGCUCCUGAACGCCCAGAAGGCCUUCACCGGCGUGGAGGACCCCGUCACCAAAGUGCGGCUGGCGGUGGGCCAGGCGGCGCAGAAGGGCUACAUCACCCGGGACGACGCCCGGAGGUACAUGGAGGUGCAGUACCUGACCGGCGGGCUGGUGGACCCGGCCAAAGCCGGCCGGUUGACCGUGCAGGAGGCCGCCGCCCAGCACCUGAUCGACAGCAAGACGGCCGACCAGCUGCAGGACGAGGCGUCCCACUCCAAGGAGCUGCGGGACCCCGUCACGGGGGAGAAGAUGUCGUACAAGCAGGCCAUGGAGCGCUGCAGGAAGGACGUGAGCACCGGGCUGCUGCUGCUGCCGGCCGCCUCCACCGACGCCGCCAGCGCCCCGUCAUACUCCAAAUACCGCUUCUGAUCCUCCUACAAGAUGUAGACACACGUGGAGAUGGGAAAUGCCUUGUUUGCUUCAACUCACUGGUGCUACGCUUGAAGGAAAAUAGGUUCCUGGUUCUCAUGUUUUGAAGUAAAAAACCUUUUAAUGGAGAUAAUUAAAGUUGUGAUGUUUCUUCUCUGUACUAUUUUGGGUCUGCUGUUAAAAAAUGGGUAAUUUUUGUUCCACAAAAUAAACUUCUUGACGUUGUGAAAUUAAAAUCACUCAGAAGUGUUUUA